AUGGCACAUUCUUCUCUGUCAAUAAGUUUUGUUGUUGUUUUGGUUUUUGGAGGAAUAUUAUUUGUUGAAGCAAUUCCAAGAACCUUCUUAGUGUUUGGAGAUUCACUUGUUGAUAAUGGAAAUAACAAUUACUUGGCUACAACUGCUCGUGCCGAUGCUCCGCCGUAUGGAAUCGAUUAUCCAACUCACAGACCAACUGGUAGAUUCUCCAAUGGUUACAACAUUCCUGAUCUUAUCAGUCAGAGACUUGGUGCAGAAGCAACAUUGCCAUAUUUAAGUCCUGAAUUAAGAGGAGAAAAGCUUCUGGUUGGAGCUAACUUUGCUUCUGCUGGAAUUGGGAUACUCAAUGACACUGGAAUUCAAUUUGUUAACAUUAUAAGAAUGUAUAGACAAUAUCAGUAUUUUGAAGAGUAUCAAAAUAGAUUAAGUGCACUUAUUGGAGCAUCACAAGCGAAAACUCGUGUGAAUCAAGCGCUUGUUCUAAUCACUGUUGGUGGUAAUGAUUUUGUAAAUAAUUACUACUUGGUUCCUUAUUCCGCAAGGUCUCAGCAAUAUCCAUUACCUCAAUAUGUCAAGUUUCUCAUUUCUGAGUACAAAAAACUUUUGCAGAAACUGUAUGAUUUGGGAGCUAGAAGAGUGCUUGUGACAGGAACAGGACCAAUGGGAUGUGUUCCAUCCGAAAUAGCACAACGUGGAAGAAAUGGAGAAUGUUCAACCGAAAUUCAAAGAGCUUCAUCAUUGUUCAAUCCUCAACUUGAAAGCAUGUUACUAGCACUCAACAAGAAACUUGGUAGAGAUGUUUUCAUCGCUGCUAACACAGGAAAAACUCACCUGAAUUUCGUAAACAACCCGGGACAAUAUGGUUUCAGAACAUCAAAAAUAGCAUGUUGUGGACAAGGACCAAACAAUGGAAUAGGUCUAUGCACAGCACUCUCAAACUUGUGUUCCAAUAGAGAAGAGUAUGCAUUUUGGGAUGCAUUCCAUCCAUCUGAAAAGGCAAACAAGCUUAUUGUGAAUGAUAUCAUGUCUGGCUCUAAGGCUUACAUGAAUCCAAUGAACCUUAGCACCAUCUUAGCAUUGGAUGAAACCAUAUGA